GCGCUUGCCAUGCCAAAAAUGACUGACACCGUAUUUCUAUUCGAUGUGGACGGCACGCUAACACCAUCUCGCAAGAAAAUCACGCCUGAAAUGUUCAACUUCCUUCGCGAGCUGCGCAAGGACGUGUACAUAGCAUUCGUGGGUGGCAGCAACCUGGAAAAGCAGCAGGAGCAGGUCUGCCCCGAGAUACUUUCGCUGUUCGACUAUUCGUUUCCCGAGAACGGCCUGAGCUUCUACCGUGGUACCGAACUGGUGAGCAAGCAGGGCAUCAACGAUUUUCUGGGCGAGGAGAUCCUGCAAAAUUUCGUGAACUUCUGCUUGCAUUACAUGAGCAACAUCAAACUGCCUGUAAAACGCGGUUUGUUCGUUGAGAUGCGCGAUUCAAUGGUGAAUAUAUCGCCUGUGGGCCGUAACUGCAACGAUGAGGAGCGCCAGCAGUUCUUUGAGUAUGACAAGGAGCACAAGAUACGAGAGAACAUGGUGCAGGUGCUCAAGAAGGAAUUCGGCAAGUAUAACAUGCACUUCUCCAUAGGCGGGCAGAUCAGCAUCGAUUGCUUUCCUACCGGAUGGGACAAGCGGUACUGCCUGCAGCAUUUGGAGAGUGAAGGCAUCAAGAACGUGUACUUCUUCGGGGACAUGGUGCAUGAGGGCGGGAACGACUACGAGAUAUUUGAGGAUGAUAGGGUUGUAGGUGUGGCUGUGUGCGCACCACAGGACACACUGGUAAAAUGCAAGGAGAUACUUGCAGAGAUCAAGCUUGAGCACAGCAUAAAGGAGUAAAGCUGCAGUUUGCAUG